GACAACGCGAGCUGGUACUCAUGUGGUAUCACGAGAGUGUGACAAACGACUUACACACGACUUACGAGUAAGGCGCGCGAGACUUGGGAGAGUUCAUCUGCUACCUUUGGGAUUAGCUCCAUAAAUCAGGAGCAAAUAACAUUUUUUUAUUAUUAUUUUUAAAUCAAUAGUGUGUCAAUUUAUUGACAAUGUCUAAUCGUGACAGUAAAUCCAGAUUGUAUAAAAUGAUAUAUGGACAUGGGGAUAUGUGGGACACAUUUCUUAGUGGUAUGGCUGAGUUAGUUGGUACAGCAAUGCUAGUAUUUCUUGGAUGCGGUGGAUGUAUUGGGAGUUUGGGAGUUGUCCCGUCACAUUUGCAAAUAACUUUGACUUUUGGUUUGGCAGUUAUGAUUGUUAUUCAGUGUUUCGGUCAUAUAAGUCAUGCCCACGUGAAUCCCGCAAUGACGGUUGGAUCUGUGGUAUUGGGAAUGAAAUCAAUAUCCGAAGCUACUGUGUACAUUGUGGCACAGAAUCUCGGUGGUAUUUUGGGUUACGGACUACUCAAGCUCAGCACACCAACUGGUUUAUUGUCAUCCGGUGAUCCAGAAGCUGCUUCGACGUUUUGCGUGACGAUGGUAAACCCAAAAGUUUCAGGUGCACAAGGUUUUAUGGUAGAAAUGAUGGCAACGAUGACAUUGAUGUUGAUAGCAUGUGCAGUUUGGGACAGACGCAAUGCAUCCAAUACAGACUCAACUGCAAUAAGAUUCGGUCUAGGCGUAACUUGUCUCGCUACUAUUUUCGGACCAUACACUGGCUGCAGUAUGAAUCCAGCACGAUCUUUUGCUCCAGCCAUUUGGAAUAAUUCAUGGUCGGGACAUUGGAUUUAUUGGUUUGGACCCAUUUCCGGUGCUGCGAUAGCUGCUUCUCUUUAUCGUCUGGUUUUCGGUAUCAAAGCUGAUAGCCAAGACAUACUAACAUCCAUUCCCGAGAGUAUUCAUCUGAAUUCUACUGAUCCAGACAAAUUUGAGAGGGCUUGAUGCAAUUUUGAGAAUUUGAAACUAAGGUUUUAAAGUUCUCUGUAGUUUCGUGCAAGCAUCUCAAGCACGUAAAACAGAGUAAACAUGAUCAAAGAAGUAAAGCGAAAGUACACAACAAUAUCUCGAAAGUUUAGUCUUCCACGCAUCUUCUCUCUCAUCUGAGUAUAAGACAUUAUGCAAAGGAGAUUAUAAACGGUUGAAUCAAUAAAUACUCUGAUAAGUUUAGUGAACUAUAUAUUAUAUUAAUAAUAAUAAUAAUUUUAAUAAUAUUAACUUAUCAUUAUAUGUGUCAUUUGUCUCUUACUGUAAAAAAUUUGCGGAGUGAACGCGGAUUAAAUCCGGAGUGAAUGCGGAGCAGAUGACUGUUUAUUUAUUUACUCCGCAUGGGAGUUUAUUUUAAUAUUAAAACUUCGAAUCAGAGUCAAUGCGGAUUUAAAUAAAAUUCAGACUACUCCGAAAUCAUUUCGCCGAAAAGAUAAACUCCGUAUGCGAGGAUUAUUUUUUUAAACUCUAAGUAACGGAGUGACUUCGGAUUUAAAUAAAAUCCGUAAUCACUCCGAAUUCACUCCCGAUUUUUUAUAGUGUAUUUAAGUUUUACUACAACUUAUAUUUAAUUUAUGAAUAAAUCCUGAUUUAUUUUAUGUAAGUUAAUAAA